CAACUUUUCCGUAAAGUAGCAUGGUGUUCCAAUGAUUGCACGAGCGUAAAUGCUUUCGGAAUGUGGAAAUAUGCGCGCAUGGACUUUGUCAGGGGGAGUGAGAGAGGAGCAUGAAUGGAGCAAAAUGGCGGAUCAUGUGCAGAGCCUAGCCCAGCUAGAGAUCCUGUGUAAGCAGCUGUAUGAGACAACCGAGACGGGGGUGAGGCUGCAGGCAGAGAAGGCUCUGGUGGAGUUCACAAACAGCCCCGACUGUCUCAGCAAGUGUCAGCUACUACUGGAGAGGGGCAGUUCUUCCUACUCGCAGCUCCUUGCAGCUACCUGUCUGUCUAAACUGGUGUCCCGUACCAGCAACCCUCUUCCUUUGGAGCAGCGCAUUGACAUCCGGAACUAUGUGCUGAACUAUCUGGCAACGCGGCCCAAGUUAGCAGCGUUUGUUACCCAAGCUUUGAUCCAGCUGUACUCCAGGAUCACCAAGCUUGGCUGGUUCGACUGUCAGAAAGACGACUAUGUCUUCAGAAACGUCAUUGCGGACGUCACGCGCUUCCUACAGCAGGACAGUGUAGAACACUGCAUCAUAGGAGUCACCAUAUUAUCACAAUUAACCAACGAGAUCAACCAGGCAGACACCAGCCACCCUCUGACCAAACACAGGAAGAUUGCAUCAUCAUUCAGAGACUCGUCCCUCUUCGACAUAUUCACUCUGUCCUGCAAUCUCCUCAAACAGGCAUCGGGUAAGAACCUGAACCUGAAUGACGAGAGUCAACAUGGCUUGCUGAUGCAGCUACUGAAGCUCAGUCACAAUUGUCUGAACUAUGACUUCAUCGGAACGUCCACGGAUGAGUCCUCUGACGACCUCUGCACUGUUCAGAUUCCCACGUCCUGGAGAUCAGCAUUUUUGGAUUCCUCCACUCUCCAGCUCUUUUUUGAUUUGUAUCAUUCCAUCCCUCCCUCCCUCUCCCCGUUGGUUUUGUCAUGUCUGGUCCAGAUAGCGUCCGUGAGGAGGUCUCUUUUCAACAAUGCAGAGCGAGCCAAGUUCCUCUCUCACCUGGUGGACGGUGUCAAGAGGAUACUAGAGAACCCACAGAGUCUUUCUGAUCCUAACAACUACCAUGAAUUUUGUCGCCUGUUGGCACGGCUGAAGAGUAACUACCAGCUAGGAGAGCUGGUCAAAGUAGAGAACUACCCAGAAGUUAUCAGGCUUAUAGCCAACUUCACUGUCACCAGUCUACAGCACUGGGAGUUUGCCCCUAACUCUGUCCAUUACCUGCUGAGCCUUUGGCAGCGCCUGGCCGCGUCGGUUCCUUACGUCAAAGCCACAGAGCCUCACCUGCUGGAGACCUACACCCCUGAAGUCACCAAGGCCUACAUCACCUCGCGCCUCGAGUCGGUUUGCAUCAUCCUCAGGGAUGGGCUGGAGGACCCUCUGGAUGACGCUGGGUUAGUCCAGCAGCAGUUAGACCAGCUCUCCACCAUUGGUCGAUGUGAAUACGAGAAGACCUGCGCCCUAUUGGUCCAGCUCUUUGACCAAUCAGCACAGACCUACCAGGAACUGCUGCAGUCCACCAAUUCCAGUACCAUUGACAUCACUGUCCAGGAAGGGAGGUUAACGUGGUUGGUGUAUAUAAUUGGCGCAGUCAUUGGAGGAAGAGUAUCCUUCGCUUCCACAGAUGAACAGGACGCCAUGGACGGAGAACUAGUCUGUCGUGUGCUCCAGUUGAUGAAUCUAACAGACUCGCGGCUGGCCCAGGCGGGUAAUGAGCGGUUGGAAUUGGCCAUGCUCAGCUUCUUUGAACAGUUCAGGAAAAUCUACAUUGGAGACCAGGUGCAAAAGUCCUCUAAGCUGUACCGACGGCUGUCAGAGGUUCUGGGGCUGAAUGAUGAGACCAUGGUACUCAGCGUCUUCAUCGGGAAAAUCAUCACCAAUCUAAAAUACUGGGGCCAGUGUGAACCAAUCACAUCCAAGACACUUCAGUUACUCAAUGACCUCUCCAUAGGGUACAGCAGCGUGAGGAAGUUGGUAAAACUCAGCGCUGUUCAAUUCAUGCUGAACAACCACACAAGUGAGCACUUCUCCUUCCUGGGCGUGAACAACCAAUCAAACCUCAGCGACAUGAGGUGUCGCACCACGUUCUACACCGCGCUGGGACGCCUGUUGAUGGUGGACCUCGGUGAGGACGAAGACCAGUUUGAACAGUUCAUGUUGCCUCUGACGGCAGCAUUUGAAGCCGUGGCCCAGAUGUUCAGCACCAACACGUUCAACGAGCAGGAGGCCAAGAGGACAUUGGUGGGGCUGGUCAGAGACCUUAGAGGAAUCGCCUUUGCCUUCAAUGCUAAGACCAGCUUCAUGAUGCUCUUCGACUGGAUCUACCCCGCCUACAUGCCCAUCCUCCAGAGAGCCAUAGAACUCUGGUACCACGUCCCAGCAUGCACCACUCCGGUCCUAAAGCUCAUGGCUGAGCUUGUCCACAACAGGUCACAGAGGUUACAGUUCGACGUGUCGUCGCCCAACGGAAUCCUUCUGUUCAGAGAAACCAGCAAGAUGAUCACCACCUAUGGUAACCGUAUCCUGACUAUUGGGGAAGUGCCCAAGGACCAGGUGUACAGUGUUAAGCUGAAGGGAGUCAGUGUGUGCUUCUCCAUGCUGAAGGCUGUGCUCUCCGGGAACUAUGUCAACUUUGGGGUGUUCCGGCUAUACGGAGACGACGCCCUGGACAACGCACUACAAACGUUCAUCAAACUGCUAUUGUCAAUACCCCACAGCGACUUGCUGGACUAUCCCAAGUUGAGCCAGUCGUUCUACAGUCUGCUGGAGGUGUUGACCCAGGAUCACAUGAACUUCAUCGCUUCUCUAGAGCCGCAUGUCGUCAUGUACAUACUGUCCUCCAUCUCCGAGGGACUCACAGCUCUGGACACCAUGGUAUGUACUGGGUGUUGCUCCAGUCUGGACCACAUUGUCACCUACCUGUUCAAACAGCUGUCUCGCUCCACUAAGAAACGGCCUGCUGCUAUGGCAACAGACGACCGCUUCCUACACAUAAUGCAGCAACACCCAGAGAUGAUCCAACAGAUGCUGUCUACGGUGUUGAACAUUAUCAUCUUCGAGGACUGCAGGAAUCAGUGGUCCAUGUCCAGACCUCUACUGGGCCUCAUCCUGCUCAACGAGAAGGUACAGUAUUUCGCGGACUUGAGGAACAGCAUUGUGAACAGCCAGCCCCCGGAGAAGCAGCAGGCCAUGCACCUGUGCUUUGAGAACCUGAUGGAAGGAAUCGAACGCAACCUGCUAACCAAGAACAGAGACAGGUUCACCCAGAACCUGUCCGUGUUCCGGAGGGAGGUGAACGACAGCAUGAAGAACUCAUCCUACGGGGUCAACAGCAACGACAUGAUGAGCUGACAUUCCACACACGCACCCUAAACCCUGCUCCACACAGAGCCCCCUCCCCCAGCCACUCGCCCCCCCCUCGACCCGCUCUUCCCCGCUCGCCCUUCUGGAUCCCCCUCCUUUUUAUAGAAGCCUAUAUAAAUAUACAGAUCUAUUUUAAAGCCAGUCCGUAGAGGUCACCGGAGGUCACUCUGCUGCUCGCUUGGGAGGACGGAUACCUCUACACUCUCUGGAGGGAGAGUCUGGGGGGAGGGAGGAGUGGGGGGGGGGGAGUGGAUGAUGAGGGGGAAGCUGGUAAAUGUAGUUGUUUCUCUGCUUCUGCCUGCCUUGUAUAGGAACACAAAACAAGUGUACAUUUUUUUUCAUAACAUUUUGAACAAUGUUUAUAUUGAUUGAAUUUAAAACACAAAAAUGAGGUGUGAUUGAACUUUUUACAGUGUAGUGAGUCGGUGCACCUGUUUGUCUGUCUGUGUGGGGAGCGAACUUUACAGUGGAUGAAAGAGCGCGAGAGAGAGAAGUGAGAGAGAGAAACAUAGUGCUUGUCUUCCUCUGGCCCUCCGAUUGGUUUGAGCGAUGUAAAUACCCACCUCCCUGACUCGCCAUGCACUGACCUUAACCAAGACCCUUUUCCUAAGACCCUAGACACUUACAUUAGCACCUAGACACUUUGCCUAGAAAAUUAUUACUUGUUCCAUUAGGAUUGGUUAGGUUUGGUGUAUGUGUGGGGCAGGAUUAUGUAGGUAGGACUGUGUUAUGGCUGGUGGGCUCAGUGGAGCUGUUAGUUUGGUUUAGGGGCAGGGUGAAGUAUCUGAACAGGCUGGUGUGUAGGGGUCACAGAUAUGAUUUACUCAAAGGAGUGCAGCUGCAGUCGUGUGUGUGUGUGUGUGUGUGUGUGUGUGUGUGUGUGUGUGUGUGUGUGUGUGUGUGUGUGUGUGUGUGUGUGUGUGUGUGUGUGUGUGUGUGUGUGUGUGUGGCCUCCUGUGGUGCUGUGAAGGAGCAGGGAGCUCCAGACAGAACCUACCAGGACAUUCUAGAACAUUCAGAUCUCCAAGCUCCCUGAAGGAUGGUUUAUUUCUGGAUGAGAAACUAAAGGCGGCAAUCUUUAGAAGAACACAGCUGGGUUUUACAGGGAUGUGGAUGAGAAGAAUACAUAACUGUGUAUUAAAGAGGUGUGAGUUCAUUAGCAACUUGUGCUACUCUACAGAUGUUGCUGCUAACUGUUUGUGAAGACUAGCUCAUCUCUAACCAUGUUGAUUUGAUUUCCAGGUUUCCAUUGUUUUGGUUCCCUAAAGUGAGUGUGUUUGCGUGUGUGUGUGUGUGUGUGUGUGUGUGUGUGUGUGUGUGUGUGUUGGAUCAGUAGCUUGGUUCUCUGAUGUGUGCGUGCGUGCGUGUUGGAUGGUAGCUUGGUUGAGUUGUGUGGAUGUCUGCUACAUAUUAUAGUGUCAGCAUUGUGACUGCAAAUAAACGUCAUUUGGUUUGUAAUA